UAAAUAAAAACAAUUUCUUUUUCUAUUUUGUAUUUAAUGAUCGAAAAAAGAAAGAAAUAAAUGCAACUGAUUUGUCUCAUCCAAACCUCCAUUCGAUGAUAUAUUGCAAAGAAGCAUCCACGGAUUAUUAAACCAAUCAAAAUCCCAUCGCCCUCGUACUCUCUCUGCAAUUCAUUAUUCACUUUCCAAAAUGCCCUAAUUUCCACCAUUAAAACGAUGAAGAUGAAGACCCUAAGGGAUUAACAAAUCCUCAAUCUAUCCCUUCUUCACUUCUCUUCUUGUUCGAAAUCAGGGUUUUAGGGAUAGAAAGAUAAAAAGAAAAAAAAAGGGUUUUUGUUUUUGAUUGCUUCUGUAACUAUUUCUCUGACGAUCAUUGGAUGCACGUGGGGUACGCGAAGCAGAAAUUUCUUUCGUUUUCUCAUUGCAUACAUUUAUUUGUUUUUCUUUUUAUAAAUUAAUUAUUUCUUCAAGGGGUUGGCCCCAAUGACUCCAUGUUACGACAUCUUGAUUGUAUUUUAUUCAAGUUUUAUACAAAUCAGUAAAAAUGUAAGCAAAGCAUCAAGAUCAGAGUCAAUAGUUUGUAUCUAUCGUCACUGUGUGUUUGUGUGUGUAAUAAGUGUGAGUUUUUUUUAUAUAUAUUCAUACCCAACUUCCACUUUAAUCAUCUUCUUCCUUCUUUUGCCACGCAUCCCCCCUUUCUUUUUCUUAUUUGUAAGCCCCCCCUUUCUCUCUCUCUCUCAUAAAUUAUGAUCCUAGAUUUUUCAUUGCAGCUUCAAGAAUGUAUGAUGUCGAGGAUAAUUUUGUUUAAUUUCUUUUGUCUUUGUAUACCUAAUUGUGAUCUGGAUUUUUCUAGAAUGCAGUAAAAUUAAAUUGAAAUAUGGAAUCGAAAAAAGACAGGGGUGAAGUGAGGAUUCAUGAAAAUUUGGAUGAACUUAGCACAGAUUUGGCUGAUUACGUGGCAGAAUUAUCAGAGGCAUCUGUGAAAGAACGUGGCGUUUUCGCCAUUGCUUUGUCUGGAGGUUCUCUCAUUAGCUUAAUGAGGAAUCUAUGUGGAGCUCCUUAUAACAAAACCGUAGAUUGGUCCAAAUGGUAUAUAUUUUGGGCAGAUGAACGUGUGGUUGCCAAAAAUCAUGUCGAUAGUAACUAUAAACUUGCAAAAGAUCAUCUUUUGUCUAAGUUACCUAUUGUUCCGAGCCAUGUACAUUCCAUCAAUGAUUCCCUCACAGCGGAAGAAGCUGCAACCGAAUACGAGUUUGUGAUCAGACAACUUGUGAGGACACGUGUCAUCAACGUGUCUGACGUCAGCGACUGCCCGAAGUUUGACCUAAUCCUACUUGGCAUGGGCCCGGAUGGACAUGUGGCGUCUUUGUUCCCUAACCAUUCGGUUCUUGAAGAAAAAAACGAGUGGGUGACAUUCAUCACCACUUCGCCUAAACCUCCGCCCGAAAGAAUCACCUUCACCCUGCCCGUUAUCAACUCUGCUGCCAAUGUGGUGGUGGUGGUGACAGGUGGCGGAAAGGCAGAAGCUGCCAGGCUGGCGAUAGAUGAUGUGGGACCCGAGUGUGAGGUGUUGCCAGCUAGGAUGAUUGAACCGGUUGUUGGGAAGUUGGUUUGGUUUUUGGAUAGCCAAGCUGCUUCAAAGCUGAAGAGCUUUUCUUAAUUUUCUAAGUAGAGAGGGUUAUGCUCUUAAUGUUAGUGGAGGGAUUCAUACCUGUUUUUGGAUAGUUUUUCAUUGUUUUUUGGGUACCCAUGUGGCAAAAACGUGAUUUACCCUUUUUUGGGUUUUUUUUUUUUUUUUUUUUCAUUU